AUGUUACGAAGACGCGUGCGCACGGGCACAUCACAGCGAAUAAGGUCACAACCGCCGAUGUUCCCUCUCCGCGCGCUUGUAAUCCCGUCGGUCGAGACGGCGAGUAAAGGAAAGAACCGUAUAGGAUUUACUUAUAAAACGAAUAACAAUUCCAUGAUUAUAAAGAAGAGACCACAGGUUGGAAAAAAUAUUAUGUUAAAUGUAAACACUCAAGCUAAUUUGAUGAAAUCCAGUGACCUGCAGACAGUGUUCAUAGACCCGUCGUGCCGCAAUUGUGCCGCUUGUAUGGAAAGAGCAGUAAACGCCCAUAAAGUACAUAAUCACAUUGUUAACGCGCAAAUGAAUGCCGACCAUUUCCAAGACAACACCUACACGAAUCAAGAAAACAUUAUACGAGAAAAAAGGAGCGUGAAAUUCGAUAACGUUCCUAAAAUUGAAAAGAAAUCUAAGAAGUCAAAGCCUAAACGGAACAAAUCCGUAUCAGUAAUCAAAUACAACGAGAACGGGGAAAUCUACGCAUUAAAAGUGAAAGAGACAAGUAAUCAAUUAAUACCAGAUCAACGGAACGUUACAAAAACUUUUUCUUCUACGACGUGCCAAGUGUAUAGCGUACAACAAUCUUUGCCCUGUGAAUCGCCCGAAGCUGAUUUAAUUCUGACGGCUGCGAAAAGAAAAACAAACAAGAAAAAUAAAAAGGUAGAAGGAAAAAGGGAAACGAAUGUGCCCACUGAGAAAGCGACAUUGAUUACAUCAGCGUUUAGAAAACGACAUGUGGAUAAUUCACAGGUUCCGGAAAAUUUCAUGACUUCCCUCGAAGAAAUGUAUUGAAC